AUGCUGCCAAAGAUUCUGCGCUCCAUCUUCUUUCCCCUCAUCUCCAGCCUCAUGUGUGGCAACUUCGUGAUGUUCCCCAUCGCGGAGCGGGCGCUGCAGGUGAAGCAUUUGCACAUGAUCGCGGGCGUCAGCUCGCUGCUCUACUGGAUGAUAAACUUUGCCUUCGACUUCAUGUUCUAUAUGGGGACGGCGUUGACGAUUUUGCCACCGCUGUUCUUUAUUCCGCAAACGCCGCUCAUGAUGAGCGACAUUCAACUUAUCUUCCUAUUUAACCUGCUGCACGGCUACGCAGCGCUUCCAUUGAUCUACAUAUGCUCCUUCCUAUUCAACAAUCCCAACGUUGGAUUCACCACGCUUGUCAUCUCGGCAUUUAUCGUGUCGUCCGCAGGCUGCCUCGGUGCGGUUUUCGUAGAGCCGUACUUCGCAAGCGCGAUGAGUUCCAGCCUCGUCACGUUCAUACACUUGGCGCUGCAUGUGCUGCGGCUGCUGCCCUCGUACUCGUACUCCCGGGGCAUGAUCAAGAUACUGGAGCUCGCCAACGAGAACGCGCUGUGCCGCGCCGGCGGCGCCGAGCUCGAGAACUACUGCCACGCGCCCGACGCCACUCGCCGGAUGUCGCUCCUGCAGUGCUGCAAGCACUUGCACGAGGCAAAUCCUUACGAGUACGCCAUCCAUCCGCUGGACGUGAACGACUAUUCGGCCUACUACGAGGUCCUCACGCUAUUAAUCGAAGGUGUCGUGGUCUUCAUCCUGUUGCUCUGCAUCGAGUCCUGGCACCUGCAGCUAGACAGAUGGUUGAGUUUGCCCGAAGAAACCCACCAUCUGUACGUUCCCAAGCUGCCUGCGCCGCACAUUGCGCAUGGCCUCGGCUCAGGAAAGAAGCGUACAGGAAAGCUCCAGGACACCGACGUCCUGCAAGAGGACAAACUGGUCAGCGAACUUGCGCUCGGCAAAGCGGCCCCAGCUACUCCGAGGCCCUUCAUGUACGCUCGCCGCCUCUACAAGGCCUACGGCUACGUCGACACCCACGAAGUGCUACAGGGGCUGAGUUUCACUGUCCGUCCCGCCGAGUGCUUCGGCCUCUUGGGCGUCAACGGCGCGGGCAAGACGACUAUGUUCCGCAUACUGACGGGACAGACGCUGCCGCACGAAGGGGACGCCUUCGCCGCGGGCUUCUCAAUUGUGCACGAAAGACAGCAGUUCCAGCACUACAUCGGCUACUGCCCGCAGCGUGACGGCCUGCUGGAUUUGCUCACGGGUGUUGAGACGCUCGUCCUAUACGGGCGUCUCGUAGGCGUUUCCAUGACAACCGAAUACGUGAACACGUUGCUGGACGUCUUCCACCUGGACGAAAUCGGAGAGCAGCUCGUAUCCACGUACAGCGCUGGAAACAGGCGCAAGCUGUCUUUGUGCCUCUCGAUGCUGGGCAUACCUCGCCUGAUCCUGCUGGACGAGCCGUACGCCGGAAUCGCCACGACGUCCCGUAGGCGCAUCGUCAACUACAUCAGUGCGCUCCAGAAGGUCACCAAGCACUCCAUCGUGCUCACAUCGCAUAGCCUGGUGGACGUGGAAUUCCUCUGCAACCGCAUUGCAAUCCUAGGCGGUGGUCGACUUCAGUGCCUAGGCUCCUUGGUGCACCUGAAGCAGAAGUUCGGCAAGGGCUACACCAUCAGUGUCAAGACGUACCCUGAUCGCAAGCAGGACUUCUUCUAUCAGCGCCAGGUGGCCGAGGACGUGCGCAAGAACUUCCAGGAGGCCGAACUGGUGCACAGCUACGAGGGCCUGCUGGAAUUUCGCUUGUGUCACGUUCGCGUAUUGUGGAGCGAGAUGUUCACUCGCAUGGCGCGCAUCAAGAAGAAGUUCAAGCUGCAGGAUUUCUUCAUCACCGACACGUCGCUGGAGCAGAUAUUCCUGAGCGUCACGAGGAAGGAGGCCAGCGAGGCGGCGGCCGCGGUUGCUCGCGGGGCACCAGGGACCCGGUCCAUCAUAGCACCCGCAGCAUUGGGAAUAUAA